AUGGCUGAAGAGAAAGUAAAAGUUGGUUGUCGUGUUAAAAUAGCAUCGAAAUCCGUUUUUGGGACCGUUGCUUUUGUCGGAAUAACACAAUUCUCACCAGGAAAAUGGGUGGGUAUAAUACUAGACGAGCCCAAAGGGAAGAACAACGGCACGGUUCAGGGGAAACGCUACUUUAGAUGUGAGGAAAAUUUUGGUAUAUUUGUGCGCCCAUCUCAGCUUACUCUUCUAGAUGGUCCGGAAAGAUCAGACGUGAUGAAGUUAUCCGAAUCAGGUGCCACUUCAGAAUCAAAGGAAGUUACAAAACUUUCUGGUUCGACAUCUUCGUUGUCUGUAGGAUUGAAAACUCCUGAGACAGUUAAAGUAUCAGUCGGUGUUGAAGGCGGUCCAACUCUCUUACAGUUUAAAAAUCUUGAACAACAAAAUGAACGAAUGAAAGGAGCACUGGUCAAGCUACGUGAUUUGGUUAAUCAAGAUAAAUCGGAAAUUUCAGCUUUAACUAAACAGAUUACAUCUUUAGAAUCAGAAGUUAGUCAACUUCAAACAGAAAAAGAACGAUUAACAAAAAAUUUAAAAGAUAGUGUUGAACAAAUUAUUGAAUUAAAAGAACAAGUGGAUGCUUACCUCGGCAUUGAUACAAUGGUCAGUCAGUUGACACAACGUAAUUUAGAACUGGAAGAAACGCUUGAGAAAAUUAAAGAAGAAAGAAAUGAUCUGGAAGCUCUUUGUGAAAUGAAUGAUGAAUUGCAAGAGAAUAGUCGUCAAACAAAACUUGAACUACUUGAAGAAAUUGAACGAGCCAACAGUCAAAUUAAUCAACUUGUACAUCAUUUAGAUGCGACACGUGAAACAAUUGCAGACUAUGAACAAACUCUUGGUAAAUUUAGAGAUUUAGUCUCUGAUUUACAAACACAAAAUACUGAUCUACGUAGGUCAUUAGCGGAUGAAAAACGCCUACAGGAAGAACAACAGCAACAAAAUGCCUAUCGUACAGUUGCAACAGAUCUUGUCGGUUCUACAGCUGCAUUUAUGGGGGGCAAAUUUGGAUUAGGCUCUCAAGUACAAACUCUUGCUAAAGUAAUUGAAGCUGAAUUAAGACGCCUUGAAGCAGAACAAACUGCAAAUCAUGUGACGCGGUUAUCUGCUUUCUUACCUGACUCAUUUCUCCGAAGUGGUGGUGAUAAUGAGGCAUUACUUACACUUUUGUUAAUCGACCGACUAGCUGGGAAAUGCGAUCUGCUGGCUAAUCAUCUUGUUGAACGUUAUCCAUUGCCUCCUUGUGUUCCGGGUCAAGCACCACUACAGAUGUCUCAAGGUGAAACCAGUACUACUACUGCUGAUAAUCCAACUGAAGUUGUUUGUGGAAUUUGUAUUCCUGGUACUGAUAAUCCACUGACUAAAACACAAUCAGAAUUCUAUAGUUUUAUAACUAGACUAAUUCAUCUACUCCGGUCAAUGGCUUCUUUGUUAGGCCAGUGUAAACAAGUCCUUUCAGGUUGUAGUGUUGAACUGUAUUUGGACUUCGGUUCUUUAUAUAAUGAAAUGAUUGCACAUGAACAUUGUAUUGAUCGAUUAAUUGAACAAACAAAGAAUGAUCAGUUGGAUGAGACAAUUUCAUUGGGACCAUUAUUUUCGUCAUACAAUUACUUUAUUCAAUUAUAUACAGUUCAUUUGAAAACAGAACCGCUAUUUAAUUGUAACAAUAAAUUACUGGAUUUCACGCGAACAAUUCUAUCAGCUGUUGAUGCCUUAUCUGUUGACUCAACUGCUUUGAUGAUAUUGACCGGUCAGAAUGUUGAUUGUUUAUCACAAGUGGCUAAAACAGCUGCCACUUGUGUAUCUGGACCAUUGAGUAUGGGUAAUAUGGAUGAUGUUGGUUCGUUACUGUUAAGUAAUCCUACUGAAAGCGGUUUAAUUGGCCUCCUUAGUGAAUUAAUUCAUUUUGCUACAACUGUACGUGUUGUUACGCGUCGAAUAAAACGAAGAAUCCCGAAUAAGCCUACAGGUCAACCGUUAUCAUUUAACCAGGAUGUUUCACAGAAAUUAGAUUCAGCUAUACAAUUGUUAGGAUCAGUUGUUGGUGCUAUGUAUCAAACAACUCGUUUAGCUGGCCAGUUAACAGUUCGACAAGUUGAAGAUACAGCCAAUUUAGACCCCGGUGUUGUUUUCACUCAGUGUUUAUCAGAAGCUUGUAAAGAAUAUUUAACACCAGAUGCAUCCAAUACUCGUUCCAGUGUCAUUGCACCAGAUAUAGCAAUUCGUAAUAAUUUAACUCAAGUUGCUCGUAUUAUCAGUCAAGUGGCAUUAGCAAUGGAGAAUGGAGAAUAUGACUUUGAUGGAACAAAACGAACCGCUCCUCAAGAACCAGUCUCCGCUCGUGCUGUUGCCUAUAAACGUGCUCAAGCUGAACUAGAAGGAUGUCGUUCUAAAUUAGAAUCUAAAGCUGAAGAAGUACGAGAAUUACAAAAAGCACUUAAAGCACGCGCUGAAGAACUCAGUGAAAUGUCUGUACGUGUUGGUUUAGCAGAGAAGAAAUUAGAAACAUCUUGUAAAGGUUAUGAAGAGAAAAUAGCUCGUUUAGAACAACGCUUAGAACAAUCAGAAGCUCAAUUAAAACGAAGCGAAAAGUAGGCCCCUGUUUGCUUAUUUUCGGUGUAAUUCGAUUUUUGUUUCUGAUUGAUGUAAUUGAUAAGGGAUUUCGCUAUCCGAUAAGAAUUUUGACGAACUGUUACUAAUUUUAUCUUUGUUCCAGUGUCAAACAGAUUGUCACAAAUGGGGACAGGAAGUGCACUGGUCCUCAAUGACCAAAGGCGGACAUAUGAAGAGAGAGUGGACAAUUUAUUUAAUGUUUACGUUGAUGAUACAUAGUACAUGUAUUUGUGCUGGUAUGAUAGACUUUUCACGAUGUCAUCUAGUGUCUCCUAUUUUAUAUUCUUAACUUCCAAGUGUUGUUUUAAUAUAGGAAUUUGAUUGGUUCGAGAUUUGAUCACGAGCCGAUAUUGUAACGACAGAAGACAGAUGUCAGGCAACAGAUCGUUUAUUGAGAAAAUCAAGGGAUAUUUAUAUAUUUUUAUGUGCAUUAUUGUUAGUGUUAUUGUUAGCAGAGAAACAGCGUCUUCCGAUUGGUCGUUUUCCUACUGGAAGUUAUUCUGUCAUCUCUUUGUGGCCGUUUCUUUGAAGGUUAGACCAUAUAUCUGCGAAUCAUAUCCGCCCAAGCGAAGUCUGCUGUGAUUGGUUGUUGAGUUAGUCCUUGUUUUUGUUUUUUUCUCAUGACCAAAAUUUGGGACGUAAACAUUAAUGUAAAUUGCCGUCUACCUAUGUUGGCUAGCAGACAGCUCUCACCACAAUAUUAGUUAGGGAACUAUAGUAAACCAGGGAGUACUGGAAAUCUGUCUUGUCCUAAGUGGGGUCUCUUCAUCAGUAUGCAUCUACCGGAGUUUGAGCUCAGGACCUUCUUUUCACAAGACGAGCUCGUAGACCAAUUUACUUGAUACUACCCUCUAAAUUACUGUAACUGAACUAAUCAGCAAAAAGCGCUAGUUCUAAAGAAUAAUCUGUUUAUGAUGAAAUUUGAACAAACCCUUGAUGCACUUCGAGCGGAUAUCGAAGCUUUAGAGCAUGAGAAAGCAGAACUUGAAGAGAAAUUGGAGACUUUAAGUAAAAAUGCCGUAUUUGAAGGAAUCAAUAAAACUCCAUUGGUCACUGGUCAAACUCCAUCUAAGGGUCAGACUGCUACACCUGAAACUCCUUCAGUUGGUAAACAAACUUCUGUUGAGGGUGCAUCACCUUCACCUGGUCCUGCACGUCUAGCUGCCUACAGAGAUGCUUCAUUCAUGUCAAUGGAGGUUAGUUUUCACAUUUUGUUUUCUUUCUAAUAAAUAGACGUUUAUAAUCCCUUCAAUCAAAAUAUCUCAGAAAAAGUCAUUUUUGUAGUGGAUAUUGCUAGUUUACGUAUUUAACUUAUUAAACUUCGAGUGGUUUCAACUGUCUCACCCCCUUG